UAUAAACCCAGCAAAAGCUGGCUGCAUUGGCCGCAGCCUCCCCUGCUGUCAAACCUCUCUUGCACACACACGCGUAAACGCUCACACAUACACACACACACACGCACACACACUGAUCUCAGACUAUAAAGAAAACUUUACUCAGUUUUGACAAGAGGAGAACAAGAAGGUGGGAGACCCCUUGCUAACUUUAUUUAUUUAAUGAGGCCGUUCACUGUAGGAUCUAACUUAUAUUCGAGUCUGGAAGGAAGAAAAUUGUCUCAAGAAGAAAAAAGGAAACUGACUCUUGCUUAGGCUACAUUUUCUCCAUUUCCAGAUUUGAACUCUAAAAACAUAUUAACGUUCCUACUUCAGAAGAGCUACCACCAAACUAAAUUCCACCAUGGGGCCUCUGACCCAGGUGUUGGCCUACACAAUUGUAGCUCUGUUAUACCACCCUACCCAAGCAGGGGUCCUUAAGAGAGUGAUCCGCCACAAGCGUCAGAGUGGCAUCAAUGUCACACUUCCAGAAGAGAACCAGCCAGUUGUCUUUAACCAUGUGUACAACAUUAAGAUGCCCGUGGGUUCUCACUGCUCGGUAGACUUAGAAUCAGCCACUGGGGAGAAAGAACUGAACCCCCCCACUGAGCUAGGAGAAAGCUUCCAAGAGCACACACUUAAUGAAGAGAAUCAGAUCGUUUUCACACACCGAAUCAAUAUCCCCCGACGAGCAUGUGGCUGUGCACCAGCUCCAGACAUCAAGGACCUACUAACUCGACUGGAGGAGCUAGAGGGACUGGUGUCUUCUCUGCGAGAGCAAUGUGCCAGUGGGGCUGGCUGCUGUCUCCAACCUGCUGAAGGUCGUCUAGACACAGCACUCUUCUGUAGUGGUCGGGGCAACUACAGCACAGACAGCUGUGGCUGCGUGUGUGAACCAGGCUGGAAGGGCCCCAACUGUUCUGAACCAGAGUGCCCAAGAAAUUGCAACGACAGGGGUCAAUGCAUCGAUGGACAGUGUGUCUGUGAUGAUGGCUUCAUUGGUGAGGACUGUGGCCAACUGGCCUGUCCCAGUGACUGCAAUGACCAAGGCAAGUGCGUCCAUGGCGCCUGUGUCUGUUUCGAGGGGUAUACCGGGGAGGACUGCAGCGAGGAGCUCUGCCCUGUACCCUGCAGUGAGCAUGGCAAAUGCAUGAAUGGGCAAUGCAUUUGCGAUGAGGGCUUCGCUGGUGAGGACUGCAACGAGCCUCUGUGCCUUAACAACUGCUACAAUCGCGGGCGUUGUGUGGAGAACGAGUGUGUGUGUGAUGAGGGUUUCACUGGGGAGGACUGUAGCGAGCUGAUCUGCCCCAAUGAUUGUUACGACCGGGGCCGCUGUGUCAAUGGGACCUGCUACUGUGAGUCAGGCUUCACAGGAGAAGACUGUGGGCAGCUCACCUGCCCCAGGGACUGCAACAACCAGGGCCGAUGUGAGGAAGGGCAGUGCGUUUGUGAGGAGGGAUUUGCUGGUGAUGACUGUAGUGAAAAGCGGUGUCCCGAGGACUGUCACAACCAUGGUCGCUGCAUUGAUGGGAGGUGCGAGUGUGAUGAUGGGUUCAGAGGAGAAGACUGUGGGGAACUCAAGUGUCCCCGGGACUGCAGCAAACAUGGCCGCUGUGUCAAUGGGCAGUGCGUGUGCGAUGAGGGUUACACUGGGGAGGAUUGUGCCAACCGUCGGUGCCUCAAUGACUGUAACAACCGUGGGCGCUGCGUCCACGGGAAGUGUGUGUGCGAGCAGGGCUUCACGGGUUAUGACUGCGGAGACAUGAGUUGUCCCAACGACUGCCACCAUCAAGGACGCUGUGUGAAUGGAAUGUGCGUGUGUGAUGAUGGCUUCAUGGGGGAAGAUUGCCGGGACUUGAGAUGCCCCAAAGACUGUAACAACCGUGGGGUUUGUGUGGAUGGGAAGUGUGAAUGCGAGGAGGGCUUCGCUGGGGAAGCCUGCGGAGAGUUAGCUUGCUUAAAUAACUGCAAUAACCGUGGCCGCUGCGUGAAUGGACAGUGCGUAUGCAACGAGGGUUUCAUGGGGAGAGACUGCAGUGACCUAAGGUGUCCAAACGACUGUAACAACCAAGGGCGCUGUGUGGACGGCAAGUGCAUCUGCCACGAGGGAUUUGGAGGAGAGGAUUGCAGUCAGCUUUCCUGCCUGAACAACUGUAACGACUGGGGACAGUGUGUUGGCGGGCGCUGCAUCUGUAAUGAAGGGUACACCGGUGAAGACUGUUCAGAGGUGUCCCCACCAAAAGACCUCAUAGUGACUGAAGUGACAGAAGAGACUGUAAACCUGGCAUGGGACAAUGAAAUGAGAGUCACAGAGUACCUCGUCAUCUACACCCCUACAAACUCAGAUGGCCUGGAAAUGCAGUUCCGUGUCCCUGGAGACCAGACAUCCACCAUCAUCCGUGAAUUAGAGCCGGGAGUAGAAUACUUCAUCCAAGUCUUUGCUGUCCUUGAGAACAAGAAAAGCAUCCCUGUCAGUGCAAGGGUGGCUACCUACCUGCCUGCCCCAGAAGGCUUGAAAUUCAAAGCUAUCAAAGAGACAUCAGUGGAAGUGGAGUGGGAUCCUCUAGACAUUGCUUUUGAAACCUGGGAAAUUAUCUUCCGCAACAUGAAUAAAGAUGAUGGAGAAGAAAUCACCAAAAGCUUGAGGAGGCCAGAAACAACUUACAAACAGACUGGCCUGGCUCCAGGACAGGAGUACGAGAUAUCUCUGCAUAUUGUGAAAAACAACACACGUGGCCCUGGCCUGAAGAAAAUAACAACCACACGUCUGGAUGCUCCUAGCCAGCUAGAUGUAAAAGACGUCACAGACACUACUGCUCUAAUCAGCUGGUCUAAGCCCUUAGCUGAAAUUGACGGCAUUGAACUCUCAUAUGGUAUCAAAGGUGCUCCAGGUGACAGAACUACCAUUGAUCUCACUCAUGAUGACAAUCAGUACUCCAUUGGAAACCUAAAACCUGAUACAAAAUAUGAGGUGUCCCUCAUCUCUCGAAGAGGAGACAUGUCAAGCAACCCAGUCAAUGAAACUUUUGUAACAGGCCUGGAUGCCCCUAGGAAUCUAAAACGCAUCUCUCAGACUGACAAUAGCAUUACCUUAGAAUGGAAGAAUGGCAAAGCUAACAUUGACAAUUAUCGGAUCAAGUUUGCCCCCAUUUCUGGAGGAGAUCAUGCAGAGGUUGAGGUGCCCAAGAGCAAACAGGCCACGACAAAAACCACACUCACAGGUCUGAGACCUGGUACUGAAUAUGGCAUUGGAGUAUCAGCAGUGAAGGACGAUAAGGAAAGCAAUCCUGCUACCAUCAAUGCUGCCACAGAUAUGGAUGCUCCAAAAGACCUUCAGAUUUCAGAGCCUACAGAAACCACCUUGCCUCUGCUCUGGAGACGACCUCUAGCCAAGUUUGACCGAUACCGCCUGACCUAUAGCUCUUCCUCAGGCCAGCAGAAGGAAAUCCAGUUACCAGCAGACACCACCUCUUAUGUUUUGAGUGGUCUAGUUCCUGGCACUGAGUAUGCUAUCCAUCUUGUGGUUGAGAAAGGACGGCACAAGAGCAAGCCAGCCCGUGUGAAAGGUUCAACUGAGGAGGCACCAGAACUCGGAAACCUUACCGUGACAGAUGUUAGCUGGGAUACCCUCAAACUCAACUGGACAGCAGCAGAUGGGGCUUAUGACAACUUUGUCAUUCAGGUGCAGGAGGCUAACAAGUUGGAAGAGGUUCAGAAUCUCACAGUGUCUGGCAGCCUGAGAGCUGUGAAUAUCACAGGUCUCCAAGCUGGCACCCCCUAUAGAAUCACCAUCUAUGGGGUGAUUCAGGCCUACAGAACAAGCCCCCUUUCUGCUGAAACUUCUACAGAAGAAACUCCCAGGCUGGCAGAGUUAACCGUGACAGAGGUUAGCUGGGAUUCCCUCAGGCUCAACUGGACCACCACUGAUGGGGACUAUGAGAACUUUAUCCUUCAGGUGCAAGAGGCUAACCAGAAUCUUACCAUCCCAGGAGGAUUGAGAUCUGUGCAUGUGACUGGGCUCACACCUGCCACCCUUUAUCAAAUCGCCAUCCAUGGGGUGAUUCGGGGCUUUAGCACACACCCUCUUUCUAUUCAAGCCACCACAGAAGAGGUUCCAGAGCUGGGGAACCUCACAGUGACCAAGGUUAGCUGGGAUUCCCUCAAACUCAACUGGACUGCAGCUGAUGGGGCCUAUGAGAUCUUUGUCAUUAAGGUGCAGGAGGCUAACAAUUUGGAGGAAGCCCAGAAUCUCACAGUGUCUGGCAAACUUCAGUCUGCUGAUAUUCUUGGCCUCCAUGCUGAAACCCCUUACACUAUUACCUUGUAUGGUGUGAGCAGGAACUACAGCACUGAACCCCUUUCUGCUGAAGCCACCACAGAGGAGCUCCCUAAACUGGGAGAGGUUACUGUGACAAAUGUUAGCUGGGAUGCCCUCAGACUCAACUGGACCACAGCAGAGGAAGCCUAUGACAGCUUUGUCAUUCAGGUGCAGGAGGCUAACAAGUUGGAAGAGGUUCAGAAUCUCACAGUGUCUGGCAGCCUGAGAGCUGUGAAUAUCACAGGCCUCCAAGCUGCCACUCCUUAUAGAAUCACCAUCUAUGGGGUGAUUCAGGCCUACAGAACAAGCCCCCUUUCUGCUGAAGCUUCCACAGUAGCCGAACCUCUUCUUAGCCAUCUCACUGUCUCAGACAUUACCUCGGGCAGUGUAUCCCUCUCAUGGAAAGCUCGGGAGGCAGCCUUUGAUAACUUUGUUUUAGAAGUUAGGAAUUCUGACCUCCCUCUGGACUCUGUGGUCUACACAGUGCCUGGGGCCUUAAGAAGCUCUGUAAUCACCGACCUUAGAGCUUCCACUAAUUACACUGUCCAACUUCAUGGGCUGAUUGGCGGGCAGAAUGGUCAGACCCUGAUGGCCCAGGCAACCACAGAGGCCCUGCCCCUACUGGAAAACUUAACCAUUUCCGACAUUAAUCCCCAUGGGUUCACAGUUUCCUGGAUGGCAUUGGAGAAUGCCUUUGACAGCUUUCUAGUAAUCGUGGUGGAUUCUGGGAAGCUGCUGGACCCCCAGGAGUUCACACUUUCAGGAGCCCAGAGGAAACUGGAGCUUAAAGGCCUCAUAACUGGCAUUGGCUAUGAGGUUAUGCUUUUCGGCUUGGCCCAAGGGCACCAAACAAAGCCCUUGAGUGCUGUGGUUUUUACAGAAGCAGAACCAGAAGUCGACAACCUUCUGGUUUCAGAUGCCACCCCAGAUGGUUUCCGUCUAUCUUGGACGGCAGAUGAUGGGGUCUUCGACAGUUUUGUUCUUAAAAUCAGGGAUACUAAAAGGCAGGCUGAUCCACUGGAAAUAAUCGUACCAGCCCAUGAGCGUACCAAGGACAUAACAGGUCUCAAAGAGGGCACAGCAUAUGACAUUGAACUCUAUGGAUUAAUCAAUGGAUGGCGAUCUCAGCCAAUAAAUGCCAUUGCAACCACAGCCAUGGGAUCACCAAAAGAAAUCUCCUUCUCUGACAUCACUGAAAACUCUGCCACUGUUAGCUGGACGGCACCCACUUCACAGGUGGAGAGCUUCCGGAUCACAUAUGUCCCCAUUGCAGGAGGAACACCUUCUGUGGUGACAGUGGAUGGAAGCAAACUCAAACCCAGGCUGGUGAGACUGAUGCCUGGAGUGGAAUACCUUGUCAGUAUCAUCUCAAUCAAGGGCUUUGAGGAAAGUGAGCCAUGACAGGGAACUCUAACAACAGCUCUGGAUGGACCAUCAGGCUUGGUGGCAGCUAAUAUCACUGAUUCUGAAGCCCUGGCUAUGUGGCAGCCAGCAAUUGCUACUGUGGACAGCUAUGUCAUCUCCUAUUCGGGGGACAAAGUGCCAGAAGUGACUCAAACAGUAUCUGGAAACACAGUGGAAUAUGCUUUGAAUGACCUUGAGCCUGCAACAGAGUAUACGCUAAGGAUCUUUGCAGAGAAGGGGCCCCAGAAAAGUUCUAUAAUUACUACUCACUUCACAACAGACCUAGAUUCUCCAAGAGAUUUGGUGGCAACUGAGGUUCAAUCAGAAACAGCAGUGUUAAAAUGGAAGUCGCCUCGUGGGGCUGUCACUGGUUAUCUCCUCAUCUAUGAAUCUGUGGAUGGAACCAUCAAGGAAGUCAUUUUGGGACCUGACACAGAUACCUACAGCCUCACAAUGCUGAGUCCAUCCACACACUAUACAGCCAAGAUCCAGGCCUUGAAAGGAGCCCUGAGGAGCAAACUCAUUCAGACCAUUUUCCAAACAAUUGGACUCCUCUACCCAUAUCCCAAGGACUGUUCACAAACAAUGCUAAAUGGGGAAACAGCCUCUGGCCUCUACACUAUCUAUCUGAAUGGGGAUAAGGCCCAGGCACUAAAUGUCUUCUGUGAUAUGACCUCUGAUGGAGGUGGAUGGAUUGUAUUUUUGAGACGUAGUAAUGGACGUCAAGAUUUCUACCAGAAUUGGAGGACCUAUGCCACUGGAUUCGGCAAACUCAACGAGGAAUUUUGGCUUGGGCUGGAUAACAUUCACAAAAUCACUGACCAGGGACAAUAUGAAUUAAGGGUGGACCUUCAAGAUCAUGGUGAGACAGCAUAUGCCAUCUAUGAUAAAUUCAGUGUUGGAGAUGCCAAGUCCCGGUAUAAGCUGAAGGUCGAUGGAUACAGUGGAACAGCAGGUGAUUCUAUGGCCUACCACAAUGGAAGAUCCUUCUCUACAUUUGACAAGGACACAGAUUCAGCCAUCACAAAUUGUGCUCUGUCCUACAAGGGAGCCUUCUGGUACAAGAAUUGUCAUCGAGUCAACCUUAUGGGCCGGUAUGGUGACAACAAUCACAGUCAGGGUGUUAAUUGGUUCCAUUGGAAGGGUCAUGAGCACUCAAUCCAGUUUGCAGAAAUGAAGCUAAGACCCAGCAACUUCCGGAACCUAGAAGGCAGGAGGAAACGAGCAUAAAUAUUUCAUGGACAACAGAGGGAAGAGCAUUAAAGGGGAGGGGAGGGAGGCCCAGAGAAACAGAGGAUCUUACCAAAGCAUCAAAGCCACUGGUUCCAGACACUCUGCCGGGGCCACAGUGUUGAUGACAGCAUGAGCAACAGUGCCGAUCUCACACGCUCUUCGGUAAAGUCCUUCACACCAAAGACAAUGAUCUCAAAGGGGUUUUCUUUUGGUUUUCUUUGGGGCUUUUUGUUUGUUUGUUUAUUUGUUUCUGCAAAACUCUUCCAGUGACAGUUUCAUGGGAUCUUUCUCUUGGGUGGCUCUAGGGAAGCACAGGGAGCAGGUUGUACAUUGGUAGUUUGUUUUAGAACCAGCCAUAUUUUACACAAAACUGUACAAUUAAUUAUCAUUAUUAUUAUUAGCUAUAAUUAAAUGUGUGUCAUUGGAAGGCUUUUUCUUUUACAUUUCAGACAACAGAGACCAGAAAAGCAAUACCAUUUCAAAUGCAAUUAAUAGGAUUAAUAAUAUAAUAAUAAUGAUGAUUAUAAUGAUGUUGAUAAUAAUAAUAAUAAUAAACUAAGUGUUUUUAAAGAGAUCCAUGCUUUCCAAAACACAG